UGCUAUAAACGUUCCGCGCAGCCCCACAAGUCUCACAGUUUGUGUGUGUGUGGCUCCAGCCUGGACGGUGUCUGUGUGUGGCUCCAGCUUGGUCGGUGUGUGUGUGGCUCCAGCCUGGACGGUGUCUGUGUGUGGCUCCAGUCUGGUUGGUGUGUGUGUUGCACGAGCCUGGACGGUGUUGGUGGUCCAGCAGUAACACCAGCAGCAUCACCACUCCCACCUCCCGCGUGUCAGGCCAUGUGCCCGCCAACGAGGUAGAGUGUAAACCAGAUGAGGCCCCAGUUGUAACCCGUCGAGACCAGACGAAGACCCCAACCCAGGUCCGGCGAGACCAGACGAAGACCCCAACCCAGGUCCGGCGAGACCAGACGAAGACCCCAACCCAGGUCCGGCGAGACCAGACGAAGACCCCAACCCAGGUCCGGCGAGACCAGACGAAGACCCCAACCCAGGUCCGGCGAGACCAGACGAAGACCCCGAACAAAGUUCUCCUUGAUAAGUGAACCAUGAACUCCCAGAGUACAUCGACGACCAGCCUGGCCUGGAGUACUGGCAGCAUCGACUCCGUAGACGUCGCGGGGAAGUAUUAUUACACCGGAGAUCCGGACACUGUGAAAUAUGGGACUGACAAGUGCAAAAAGAACUUUGAAGUUGACGCAAAGGAUCAAGUCCAGACGGAGAAGACAUCAGAGAGAAGACGGCGGCUCUUGGAACAGGCGUUGAUCUGUUUCCUGGCGAGCACGGGCAUGUGGACGAUGGGCUCCAUCUUGGCCUUCCCCUCAGUCGCCUCACAAGACCUGGCGGCGGACAACACCACCAUCUACGGCUCCUCCAUCACCCUCACACGCUUCCAGCUCGACGCCUUGGGAGGUCUGGCAGCUCUGGGGUCGCUGCCGGGGUCGUGGGUGAUCGGGGCGCUGAUGGCGGUGGUGGGGCGUCGCUUCAGUAUGGUGGUGAUCGCCGUGACAGCCGUGUUGAGCUGGCUGGGUGUGGCGCUCCUGCCCUCUCUACCCGGCCUGCUGGUCGCAAGGUUCGUGUCGGGGGCGGCCGCGGGCGGGGCCAGCGUGUGCGUCAACACAUACCGGGCGGAGAUCUCGGACGCGGAGUGGCGCGGCUCCCUCUCCGUCAUCAUCAACCUCGGCGUCCAGUUUGGUCAGCUGGUGACGAUGGCGGUGGGGUACCAUGGCCGCUACUUCACCGUGGCUCUGGUCAACAACGUCAUCCCCCUCGUGCUUCUCCUCAGUGUCAUCUGGCUGCCAGAGAGCCCCUCCUUCCUCAUCAUCAAAGGUCGCGAUGUGGAGGCCAGGCAGGUGCUGCUGAGACUGCGAGGUCAAUACAUCAACUUGGAGAAAGAAAUGGAUGCCUUCAAGGAGCUGAACAACGCCAGGGAGAAACAUUCAGUCUGGCAAGGCCUACGCCAGUCCCAGGUCCUCAAGUCCAUCGUUAUCAUCACCGUCCUCUUCUCCCUCCAGAGCUUUACGGGUUACCUGGUCAUCAACAGCAACGCCUCCAGGAUAUUUGCAGAGGCUGCGUCUAGCAUCAGCAACAGGCUUUGUGCUAUCAUCAUCAUCAUUAUACAGAUUGUAGCGGGUUUUACAGCAGUCUUCCUCCUGGACACCAUCGGCCGCAAGAAGAGUUUGAUCCUCUCCUUCUCCACUAUGUUAGUGGCGCUCUCCUGCAUGGCAGCCUUCCUGUGGGUGAAGUCGACGGACGCAGCGCUGGGCGUCGCUUAUGGCUGGGUUCCUCUCGUCUGUAUCAUGACCUCACAAGCUGGAGUGACCCUGGGUGUUCAGCCUGUCCCGUACCUCUUGAUGGGGGAGUACUUCCCUACUUGGAUUCGCUCUCAGGCGACCAGCAUCUGCUACUCCCUGUCCACCUUGUUCGCCUUCGCCAGCCUGCAGCUCUACACCCCCAUGCUGGAGGGCCUCACCAACCCCGGCCUCUACCUCUUCUACGCCUCCAUCUGCCUCCUCGGGAUUGUCUUCACCACCUUCUUCGUCAGUGAAACCAUGGGGAAGAAAAUUGGUUAAACAUCCGUCUUUGCUCUGGCUCAAGGCAGUGUUGGUGGAGCAGCGUCCAUGUGCUUAUAGCUUCGUUUGUCAACUACCUCUCUUGUGAUUGUGUUGGUCCAGGAAAAAAAGAGUGUUUUAUAUUGUAUACAGAGGUAUGAAUAUGAAUAAUUGUUUACACAUAAGAAAAUCUAGAUUUUGUGGUAUGUAAACUUGUUAAACGUUUUCAUUUCCAAUUAAUAUUGUUGUAUAAUGUGAGCCAUUGUUAUUGGGCUAUUAGGUCAAUGUGUGUGUGUGUGUGUGUGUGUGUGUGUGUGUGUGUGUGUGUGUGUGUGUGUGUGUGUGUGUGU